CCGGGCCACGCCGCAGCGGCUGUGCAUUCCUGGCUCUCCAGCCGGGAGCUGAGGAUCGCGGGUUUACGGGUUCGGUCCUCAUAGGCAGUGAGAGCUGGCAGCAAGUCCCGGGAACACCAGGUGAGCCGGCACCGGUGCCGGCAGCGCGGAAGCUCGAGGCAGGCCCCUGUGAGCGAGCAAGCGAGCAUCAAGCAGGACAACAAUGCAGCUGCUGCUGGCCUUUUUGGGGGUCCUGCUGGGGGCGCCCAGGGCUCCAGCUUUGACCUUUGAGGCCUCAGAGGAAUCGGAGCUGGAGCCCUGCUUGACUGCCACCCCGGAGCAGCCAUCGGGGAAGCUGGUACUGGCCCCUGGGCAGCCCAUGCGUAUCUGCUGUGGGCGGGCCGAGCGUGGCAACCACUGGUACAGAGAGGGCCGCCGCCUAGCCCCCUCUGGCCGUGUCCGAGGCUGGAGGGGCCGCCUGGAGAUCGCCAGUGUCCUGCCCCAGGACUCAGGGAGCUACCUCUGCUUGGCACGGGGCUCCAUGCUGGUCCUAUACAACCUCACCUUGACUGUGGAUGACACCUUGGCCUCCAGCACUGGUGAUGAUGACCUCCAGGCCCCCAGGGACCCCUCAGAAAGACACAUGUAUCCCCAGCAAGCCCCCUACUGGACACACCCCCAGCGCAUGGAGAAGAAGCUGCACGCGGUGCCUGCUGGGAACACUGUCAAGUUCCGCUGCCCAGCGUCCGGCAACCCCAUGCCCACCAUCCGCUGGCUCAAGGAUGGCCAGGACUUCCAUGGAGAGCACCGCAUCGGGGGCAUCCGGCUGCGCCACCAACACUGGAGCCUGGUGAUGGAAAGUGUGGUCCCCUCGGACCGGGGCACAUACACCUGCGUGGUGGAGAACGCUCUGGGCAGCAUCCACUACAGCUACCUGCUGGACGUGCUGGAGCGGUCUCCGCACCGGCCCAUCCUGCAGGCGGGGCUUCCAGCCAACACCACGGCGGUGGCGGGCAGCGACGUGGAGCUGCAGUGCAAGGUGUACAGCGACGCACAGCCGCACAUCCAGUGGCUGAAGCACCUGGUCAUCAACGGCAGCAGCUUCGGUGCCGAUGGCUUCCCCUACGUGCAAGUCCUCAAGACGGCAGACAUCAACAGCUCCGAGGUGGAGGUGCUGUACCUGCGCAACGUGUCGGCCGAGGAUGCAGGCGAGUACACCUGCCUGGCAGGCAACUCCAUUGGCCUCUCCUACCAGUCGGCCUGGCUCACCGUGCUGUCGGAGGAGGAGCUGGCGUGGACGGCAGUGUCCCCCAAGGACAGGUCAACCGACGUGGUCCUGUACGCACUGGGCUCGCUGGCCCUGCUGGUGCUCCUGCUGCUGGCGGUGCUGUACCGCACCCAAAUGCUCCGUGCCCACCACCCGAGGCAGCCCGCCACCGUGCAGAAGCUUUCCCGCUUCCCGCUGGCCCGGCAGUUCUCCCUGGAGUCCGGCUCCUCCGCCAAGUCCAGCCUAACCCUGAUGCGGGGCUUCCGGCUCAGCUCCAGUGGUCCCCCAAUGAUGGCCGGGGUGGACCUGCCUCUUGACCCCCAGUGGGAGUUCCCAAGGGACAGGCUCGUGCUAGGUAAGCCACUAGGUGAGGGCUGCUUUGGACAGGUGGUGUGCGCACAGGCCCUGGGCAUGGACCCCGCCCGACCCGACCAGGUCUGCACUGUUGCCGUCAAGAUGCUCAAGGACAACGCCUCGGACAAGGACCUGUCCGACCUGGUCUCGGAGAUGGAGGUCAUGAAGCUCAUCGGCCGCCACAAGAACAUCAUCAACCUGCUGGGUGUCUGCACCCAGGAAGGGCCCCUGUAUGUGAUCGUGGAGUGUGCAGCCAAGGGCAACCUGCGUGAGUUCCUGCGGGCGCGCCGCCCCCCGGGCCCAGACCUCAGCCCCGACCCUGAAGGGCCACGCAGCUGCGAGGGGCCCCUGCGUUUCCCCGCCCUGGUGUCCUGCGCCUACCAGGUGGCCCGGGGCAUGCAGUACCUGGAGUCCCGCAAGUGUAUCCACCGGGACCUGGCUGCCCGGAAUGUGCUUGUGACCGAGGACAACGUGAUGAAGAUUGCCGACUUCGGGCUGGCCCGUGGCGUCCACCACAUCGACUACUACAAGAAAACCAGCAAUGGUCGCCUGCCAGUCAAGUGGAUGGCACCCGAGGCCUUGUUUGACCGCGUCUACACUCACCAGAGUGAUGUGUGGUCCUUCGGGAUACUGCUGUGGGAGAUCUUCACCCUUGGGGGCUCGCCGUACCCCGGCAUCCCUGUGGAGGAGCUGUUCUCACUGCUGCGGGAGGGGCAUCGCAUGGACCGGCCCCCCAACUGCCCCCCGGAGCUGUAUGGACUCAUGCGUGAAUGCUGGCAUGCUGCCCCCUCCCAGAGACCCACUUUCAAGCAGCUGGUGGAGGCACUGGACAAGGUGCUGCUGGCCGUCUCUGAAGAGUACCUGGACCUGCGCCUGACCUUUGCACCCUACUCCCCCGCCGGCGGGGACGCGACCAGCACCUGCUCCUCCAAUGACUCUGUCUUCAGCCACGACCCGCUGCCCCUACAGCCCCACUCCUUCCCCUUCCUGGAGCCGCAGACCUGAGGGCCGCCUCCCUCUCCUGACCUCUCUCGCCAGCCCCGGCCCCAUCAUUCUGGUUCAUCUCUCCUCAGCCACUCGGAGGCUUGGCCCUGGUCCACGCCCUGACCUUGGCCUUGGAGCCUGAGCCUUGGCACUGUUCCUGGGGGUUGGCCUGACCCAUCCUUGGCCCUGCCCCCACCAGGAGGUCACACACCCCCACUGCUUGUCCCCUCGGGCAUCUCCGUGGCAGUAGCACUGGCCUAGAGGCUGGACACAUUCUAUAAAUUAUUUUUUGGCAAGAAA